AUGGUGGCAAAGGAGAGAGAUGCAGGAAGGGAACACAUUUGUCUCACAGUGAACUUACUAUGGCAAAUAUGGAAGUCUAGAAAUCAAGCUCAGUUUAACAGAGAAAAAGCAUGCCCAGGGAGAACAGUGAUGAAGUUAGUUCAUGAAUGGAAUGAAUAUGAGGCAGCUCAGCGAGUAGAUAGAGAGGAUGAGAAGGAGGAAAGGGACCAGCAGGAAGUACCGACAGAGUGGUUGCCUCCAACAAAGGGGUUUGUUAAGCUGAAUAUAGAUGCAGCGUUAAGUACGGCAACAGGGAAAGUAGGGUGGGGAGUGAUUGCAAGGCAAGCAGAUGGAGGGAUCCUGAGAGCUUGGGCUGGCAGUGGAGAAAGAUAUACUGAAGCCAUGGCGGAGGAAGUUAAUGCAAUUCGAACAGCACUUAUUAAAGUUGGAACAAUGGGAUGGAGAAAGAUUGAAAUCCAAUCAGAUUGCAAGGGAGUGGUGGAAAAAAUCAAGACAGGUUGUAGGAAGGACCCGAAGAUUGGAGCAAUCAUAGAAGAUAUCCUUAGGUUGGGAAACCAAUUUGCUGAAUGUUACUUUUCCUUUGUCAGAAGGGAAGGGAACUGUGUGAGUCAUCAUUUGGAAAAAUUUGCCAUUCAAGUGACAAUUGAUGUAGAUUGGGAAGAGUCUUUCCCAGUUUGGUUAGUAAAUUUAGCCAAACAAGAUGUAAAGCAGUUGCUCAACCUGCAACUUGAGUGUUAA